AUGGAGGGAGUAGGGGCUAGGUUCGGAAGGUCCUCAUCUAGGUACGGCCCCGCCAGUGCCACCGUCUUCACGGGGCCAGUCCGUAAGUGGAAGAAGAAAUGGGUCAAUGUGCCGCCCUCCAAUUCCAACCAAACGGCAACAAACGGCAUCGUUAAUGGCUCCUCCCACCUCUUGCUCUACAAGUGGACUCCAAUCCAAAAGAAAGACAAUAAUGACACUAACAUCAAUGAUAAUAUUAACGGCAAUGAUGACUCCAAGAAUUCCAAUACAGAUGACUCCGUCGCUGUAGAGGUGCCGCCCAAGCGUAAAUUCAAGUAUAUUCCGAUUGCCUUGCUGGUAGAACAAAAGAACGAGUCCUCAGAAGAGGUAGAGGAUGAAGAUAAAUCAACCGAGACAGACAAAAAUACAGUUGAUGGAACCCCCAAGACUGAUGGCUGUGAUGAAAAGCCUGACAUCAAUGAUGUGCCCAUGGAUGAAAAUGAGGACCUUGAGAAUAAUCCUGUUGAACGGCAAGAUCUGAAUGAAAGCACACUGGACUUAAGUCUGGGCUAG